GGAUAAUUUGACUUAGGUUUGGAAAAGCAUCAGCAGAGGAAUCUAGGCUACAUAAUCUGGAUCUAGGCCUUUGUUUACUAUCAGGAAUUUAUGAUGAAACCAUCUGACUGCACAUGUGCUCUUCAAAUUGCACAGAGCCUUUGCAGUGUAGAAGUCAAACGUACAGGCAGUUCUGAAGAAUGACAUUUCAUCUCUCAUGCACUCUGUAGGGCAGCUCUCAUGAUGCUGCCAAGCAGCGCUACGCUGUGUGAGAAAUCAAAGCGCAGGCGUCGAGUCGGGAGGGAGCCUAUCUUGCGCAGACUGGGUAGCCUACUGUACAUGGCCAUUGAUGCUGCUGGAUAGAUGUAGCCCCUGAUGUAAAUAAGAAUGGCGAGGGCAGCGGGUCUAACAUGCCGCGUUAUCUCUGCUUGACAUCGGAUCAUUUUAUGCCGCCUUCGGGAUUUUAUAAAACGCGUGGCCUUUUUCUCGUUUUCAUCUGAGUCCUGCCUUGACAGCUCGCCUGAUGAUUUUCAUUUGACACAAGAGCCAAAGCAGACGGGCGGCUUCUUCUAAUAAACACUUGGGAAAAACAGGUCAUUAUGACCUUAGUAUCCUCCAGUAAAAGAAAACCAUCGGAUUGCUUUUACGCGGCAGCAUUCUGCUUGCAUUUUUUGCUUUGGAUUUCGUGUGCCGUGUCCGGAGAGGAGGAUCAUCAGUUCAGCGUUGAGGGAUGGCUACAGAGGUAUGGCUACCUUCCCCGCACAGAACCGGGAAUGUCUGUCCUGCGCUCGGCCCAAACCAUGCACUCAGCCAUUGCUGCCAUGCAGCGCGUCUAUGGUCUCAAUGUCACAGGGACACUGGAUGAGAAAACCAAGGAUGAUAUCACGCUGAGUUGGAUGCAGAAACCUCGAUGUGGAGUUCCGGACAAAUUUAAAAGUGCGUCGAGGUCACGUAAGCGGAGAUACGCGCUAACAGGACAGAAGUGGCAGCGUACACACAUCACCUACAGCAUAAAAAAUGUCACACCAAAGGUGGGAGCUCGGGAGACUCACGAUGCCAUCCGGCGGGCAUUUGACGUGUGGCAGGGUGUGACUCCUCUCCGCUUUGAGGCCGUUCCAUACAGCGCCCUGGAGACUGGCAGGCGUGACGUGGACAUCACCAUCAUCUUCGCUUCGGGUUUUCACGGCGACAGCUCACCCUUCGACGGGGAGGGGGGAUUCCUCGCCCACGCCUAUUUCCCAGGCCCAGGCAUAGGAGGGGACACACACUUUGACUCUGAUGAGCCCUGGACUCUGGGGAACCCCCACCAUGAUGGUAACGACCUGUUCUUGGUUGCGGUACAUGAGCUGGGCCACGCCCUCGGUCUGGAACACUCUAACGACCCCACUGCUAUCAUGGCUCCGUUCUACCAGUACAUGGACACAGAGAACUUCAAACUACCUCAUGAUGACCUACAGGGCAUCCAGAAAAUCUAUGGUCCACCAGAUAGAGCACCGCAGCCUACCAGGCCCCCACCCACGGUCCCUCCUCCUCGCUUCCACCCUCCCUCAGACCCCCGUAAGCAUGACCGCCACGCCAGACCCCAUCGCCCUCCACAGGGGGCCAAGCCCUCCAACCCCAACUCCAUACCCAACAUCUGUGAUGGAGGCUUCAACACCCUGGCCAUCCUCCGGCAGGAGCUUUUUGUGUUUAAGGACCAGUGGUUUUGGAGGGUACGGGACAACUCAGUUGUCCCUGGCUACCCCAUGCAGAUCAACAACUUCUGGAAAGGCUUGCCUCCCAAAAUUGAUGCCGUGUAUGAAAAUAGUGAAGGGAAGUUUGUCUUUUUCAAAGGAAACCGUUUCUGGGUCUUCAAGGACACAACUCUUCAGCCUUCGUACCCUCAGGACAUCUCACUGUUCGGGAGCGGCAUGCCCACUCAGAGUAUCGAGACAGCUGUCUGGUGGGAGGAUGUCGCCAAAACCUACUUCUUCAAAGGAGACAGAUACUGGAGGUACAAUGAGGACAUGAGGACCAUGGAUCCAGGUUAUCCCAAACCCAUCACCAUCUGGAAGGGCAUCCCUGACUCUCCACAGGGGGCUUUUGUGGAUAAAGCCAACGGCUUUACCUACUUUUACAAGGGAAAGGAGUACUGGAAGUUCAACAACCAGCUGCUUCGUGUAGAGCCUGGCUACCCGAGGUCCAUCCUGAGGGACUUCAUGGGCUGUGACGGUUUACCUGCUGACCCCGACUGGGACUGGAGCCCCCCGGUGGCGGAGGAACGCCACUACGACAAUGGCGACGUGGACGUUGUCAUCAAACUGGACAGCGCGGGGGGCACGGAGAAAGCAGUGGCCAUCGCUAUCCCCUGUGUCCUGGCGCUGUGCAUGAUGGUCCUCCUCUACACUGUUUUCCAGUUCAGGAGGAAGAGCACACAGCGCCACAUACUGUACUGCAAGCGCUCCAUGCAGGAGUGGGUGUGAGGGACUGUUACUGCACUGUAUAGAGAGGGGUGUAAAGCUCUGAUAAAGGUCUAGUUAUUACUUGAAGCCCUAAGUACAGUAAUUGGAAGCACUGUAAAGGGUACAGUACAUAAGGAUUGCCAUGUUGGCAGAUUUUAAAACUGCUUGAACUCAUAACUUGCAAGCUGCAAGGAAGCGAAACGAUCAGCAGAACUCAACUGAAGACAGUGAGGGAGCCACAUCUCCUAUGUCCAACUAAUAUGUAUGUAUCUGCUUUGACUUUAUUCUGUAUCUUGGAAUGAACUCAAUUAAUUGAGUCAGAGUUAAGCAACUGUAAGUGGGACCUUUGUCUGUCCUCGUCUCUGCACGCCGCUUAAAAAGCCCCUAGCAUUAACUUCAGUGGACAAAUUAGAUAUAGGCUUCUACUUUACUUUAAUUUCUUAAUUAAAUCACUCUGAACUGUGCUUUUUUUAUUUAGGGUCCCUGUAAAAGAUUAUUCAUUGUGUGGAGGACUGAUACACAAGCCAAAUAUGAUCUUUUCUUCCAAAGAGGAUUACUGCUCGAUGUUGUUUUUGAUGGGAUAUUUUUCCUCCAUGGAUCAAACAUUGUGGCAUCAUACUCAGAUUUUCUUUUGCCAUUGGUAUUCACAUCCACCCGUCUGCUCUGUAAUCUGUGGGGAUAGGAAGUAGCCGUUAGUAAGAGCUAGGAACUCAAGACUGUGGUGGCAGUCUAUCUCCAAAACAGGGGCCAAAAACCUCUCUGCAAUAUUUAUGAGACUGCCUUAAUCACAGAUUGCUUAAACUCCCUUCUUUUUCUCUUUGUUUCUCUGGUCUGGAAGCUGGAUACUCAGUGACACAGUAGGAAUACGAACAGUGUAUGAAGGCAUUAAUUACUGUCCAUGAUGCAAUUUCAAAACCAGUAAUUAAGGAGAGUUUGAUCCACAAUGGGUUCAUUGCUCUUGAAAAUGUGCUAAGCUGUGCUAAAUACCUGAUGGCAAGUAGGCUAUUAGCUUUCAUGUACUGCCUCACCGGAGGGUAUGAAACAGAAAGGGAAGGUUAGUUGUGUGUGUGUGUGUGUGUGUGUGUGUGUGUGUGUGUGUGUGUGUGUGUGUGUGUGUGUGUGAAAGAGACAGUAAUUACCCACGCUAUAUAUAUCCUGUGCUGCACUGUAGUGUCAGUUAUUGAACAGCUAACAUCCUGCUUCCCUUUUUUUCCUGCCAAGUUUGUUGCACUAACACUCCAAACAGUGUAAGUCCAUACAUUUUAAACAGCUUUACUAAUCCAUUUUUCCCCCCAACUUUUAUACAAGGUUUGUAAGUUUACAUAAUAUUUCACAUAGCACAGGAUGCAGAGGAGGAAUGGAGAAAAGAGAAAGGAGGGGAAAAACUACAUGUAACCAUUUUAAAAAUGAGACACAUACAGUAUUUCUUAUUUUUUAAAAGCCAUCACUGUAUCUCUAGUUAUCAACCUUGUAUCAAUGCUUUUUACCCAGAUUGCUCCAUCUUCUCACUUUUUCAGUUUUCAAAGAAAUGCAAAGUUGAACCAUUGUUGUAAAGAAGAAAACAUUUCUGAACAAUAACAGGAAUUAAUCUGCAAAAAUAAAGAAACUUACUAAAUUCUGGAUGUCAGGAAAAAAGUUCAGCCGCUUUUGCUUGUGUGUUCAAUAAUGGAACCAGGAUGUUUUAUGCACUGUAAUUAUAAUUGUCCAUUAUACAAAAACUAUACUUAUGUUAUAUUAACAAAUGACUAAUAAAUGUUUAUAGAACUACUCACAUUGUUGGAAUUAACAGGCGUAUCAGAAAACCAAAACCAGCUAAAUUAAGAUGACAAAUAUGUCACAUAUAUAUCAUGAUCUAUAAUGUUACAUAUAUGUAUGACAUCAUAUAUGAACCAUAACAUGUUUCAAAGAGUUUAAUCAGCUAAAUAUGAAAAACAAUUAAGUAAUAUAAAGCAUAACAAAAGGCAGACUCUCUCUGAGGUGAGAUGGAGCCUGAGCAGGAGCUUUUUUCUGUCCCCAUGUAUUGUAUUAUAAAUGCAAUACACAGCCUGGAUCAUAAUGGAAUAUAUUGUCUCAAAAUUGCCUUUGAUUGCUGCCAUACAUGUAACAAUGUGGUUGUGUGGUGUAGCGUUUCUCAUAGUUUGCCAGAUAACCUGUCUGUGAGCAUUCAUGAUGUGAUUUUCUUACUCUUUUACUUGAAACGGUCAUCAACAUCAACUGUACAGGAUAUCUGACUUAAUCUCCCAUUGAUAUCAAGGCAAUGCCAUUUUAUGACAUAUCACAGAAGGAAUUAGAGAUUUUAAAAUGUACUUAUCUAUGAAUUAUAUAAAGAGGGUCGGACCAUAAUUAAUGGGUUGAACCUUGAUUGAACCUACUUAAGGGCAAUGCAUGCCGUUGUUAAACUAAGAUGUCAUUCUUUCAGAGAUGUUGACCAUGGAUCAUUCGUACGCGUUUGUGCUAUUCAGUCUUUCCCAUUAUGGUUAAGUGAAGUGAUCAGCAUUACAGGUUUCUGUUGGAUGCAUUGAUUUCACAGAUCCAAACUUUUAUAAACCAUCUAAAAUUACUAGCUUCCAGUCUGUCCUCCCCACUCCAAUCUUCAGGCGAAUGUCAAAAUGAUGAAAGAAAAUGUACACAUUUUAAGGAAAGGAAACAUCUUUGCUUUCCUAAAGCAGUGCUAAAUUGCCCCAGAUUUUAGUCCAUGUUGAUCCAUGACCAAUGUAAUUUAAGGUGGAGGCAAAAACCUUUGGCUCAGUGUUGUGUGUGAUGUCUUUUCAGUUUGUGUGUUUGUGGUGAGGGUCUGAUGGCUCCAGCGAGUGUGAAUUAAAGACGGCUGGUGAGGCGAGUCGAUACUAUAUUUAUUGCCGUAUUUAUUCCUCUGUGCUCAGCACCUCCAGUCUUGCAUUGCAUUGUACUGAGGGCAAGAAGCUGUCAAUAAAGUGGGUUUGAAAUGCAAUGUUUUUUUUCUAGUACUACCAAGUAAUCCUCCUCCUUCUGUUACUGCCUCAACAACAAACAAUUCAUCUGGUGUGAAUGUUUUUCCAUCUUUGAGAGGUAAAUCACAAACUUGAAAAGGUUACAUAUUUACACUGGUCUUUUUGACACUUAAAUCACUUGAAAUAUCUGACAUUUUAGAUGUGGACUGAGUGUAAGCGGGAAGUCUCAAUGCUCUGACCUGCCCCUAUUUAUCUCCAGACUCCUCAGUGCUUUUCUUGUCUGCCUUGACACACGCUGCUAAGCAUUAGUCAUUAAAGGAAGUAGAUGGGGCCGAUUAGGCAGCAGUCGAUACACCAGAGAGGCAAGGGUGCGGAAGAGACGAGGAGCAUUUUGCAAUCAUUGCAGUCAAGAUCUUAUACACAGAUACAUGCAGUAUAUAUUCCAAGGCGUAGUGUAUGAGAAGUAAACAUAUUGGAUAAUAUGUACAUAAAGACAGAGUGUAUGCUGUCUGCUUGGGAGAAUUUUGUUUUUAAUCCAUCCAUUCAAUGGAUAAAGAAAAUGCUGUGUGUUGUAAAUAAAACAAGUGCAUAAUAA